UAAUGCAAGGGUCUUUGCUUCUUUCUGUGUGCCCCCUUAGCAAUGUCUUCGCUCAUAUGCUUCACAUGUGACAAAGUGGACCAUAACAACAAGUGCAUCGACCUAAAGGUCUGUGAUGACACCGAUCGCUACUGCUAUACAAAAUAUUUUGGUAGAGGUUCUGGUGAAGGCCACAAGGAAAUGAUCAGCAAAGGAUGUUCUGCCGAAUGUCCUGAAGUAGGGUUUGAUAUCGGCGUGAUGGCUUUCUCAGUGAAAUGCUGUCAACAUUCCUUCUGCAACACAAGUGGUGCCAUCAGUGUGAAAAAGAGCUCCUUGUUGCUGUUGGUGGGCACCUUGGCCAGUGUCUUCUACAUCAUUGGAGUCAAUCUGUGAUGAGAGACUACAUGAGCUCAUGGCAGCUCCACCAGGGAGGACUCGAACCUAUCCUGGAAAAUUGUAGGUUAAAAAGAAUUUCCCUCUUGCUUCUUGGCUCUGCCUUCAAUUCUUUCAACUAAUAAUCCAAGCCUAGUCCUUGGUUCGGUUGUGUCCGAUUUACAUGGACUGUUUCUUGGGUCAAGGGCCUGAUUCUCCUUUCUUCCCCAAUCAUGAUUUUGCAGGUGUUUUGUAAUUUCUCUGCAAUUGCUCCUUGCGAACGCCAACCCACAUGAGUUGACCAAAGUUAUGGGUAGCGGAUAUCAAGAUGCAUGAUUAUAGAGUUGAGAAACAGCCCUGUGGUUGGUGAUU